UCAUCCCAACCUACUAUAUGACUGGGAGUGUCAAGCACAGAUCUUUGGAUUGGGAAUUUCAUGUGCUUGGUUUAAAGCCCAGAUUUAGUUUGAGGAAGAGUUAAUCAUGAAGACUGUGAAGGGCUUCUGUGUCUUUUUCGUGCUGCAUCUAUGUUUCUUCGACUCAGGAAUGACUGGGAAAGUCCUUGUAUGGCCCAUGGAUUUUAGUCACUGGAUCAAUUUAAAAGUUAUUCUGGAAGAACUCCAAGUUCGUGGGCAUGAGAUAACCAUCCUGAUGCCUUCAUCAAGCUUUCUGCUUGAUCAUGCCAAGCUUCCCUUUAACGUGGAGAUCCUUCAAAUUUCAAUAAGCAAAGAAAGCUUAUUUGAAGAGCUGAAUGCUGAUCUCUAUACAAUCUCUUUUGAAGUGCCGAAACUUUCAUGGUGGAACAGGCAAGUCAAGAUGGCACAAAUGACCAGAGAUUUUUUUUGGACAACCAAAAGAGUAUGUGACAGCGCUGUCACAAACAAGGAGUUACUCAGCAGGCUACAGGCAGCAAAGUUUGAUGUCUGUAUUGCUGACCCUUUAAGCCUUUGUGGGGAGUUAGUGGCUGAGCUCCUCAAUAUUCCAUUUGUAUACUCUUUUCGUUUUUCCGAUGGAAAUGUCUUUGAGAGGCUGUGUGCUGGACUUCCUAUGCCUUCUUCAUAUGUUCCGAGCAGCACAUCAGGACUGACAGAUAACAUGACUUUUGUUCAGAGGCUGGAGAAUCGAUUAUUGUAUGCAGUGAAUGAAGUGAUAUAUACAUAUUUUGUAUUUCCCGAAUGGGAUGAGUAUUACAGCAAAGUUUUAGGAAAACCUACCACAUUAUGUGAGACUAUGGGAAAAGCUGAAAUGUGGUUGAUUCGAACCUCCUGGGAUUUCGAAUUUCCUCACCCUUCCUUGCCUAAUUUUGAAUAUGUUGGAGGACUGCACUGCAAGCCUGCGAAGCCCCUGCCUAAGGAAUUAGAAGAGUUUGUUCAAAGCUCUGGAAAAGAUGGCGUUGUGUUGUUUACUCUGGGGUCAAUGGUCAAAAACCUCACAGAAGAAAAGUCUAAUAUGAUUGCAUCAGCUCUUGCCCAGCUUCCACAAAAGGUUGUGUGGAAGUACUCAGGAAAAAAGCCAGAAACCUUAGGAGACAACACUCGGCUAUAUGAAUGGAUUCCACAGAAUGAUCUUCUUGGUCAUCCCCAAACCAGAGCUUUUAUUACUCACUGUGGAACCAAUGGGAUCUAUGAAGCUAUAUACCACGGGGUCCCUGUGGUGGGAAUCCCCCUGUUUGGUGAUCAGUUUGAUAAUAUUGCUCGUGUCCAAGCUAAAGGGGCUGCUGUUCAAUUAGACUUGCACACAAUGACGAGUUCUGACCUACUCAAUGCUUUGAAGGCAGCUAUUAACAAUCCUUCCUAUAAAGAGAAUGCUAUGAAGUUAUCAAGAAUUCACCACGAUCAACCUCUGAAGCCCCUGGACCGGGCGGUCUUCUGGAUCGAGUUUGUCAUGCGCCACAAAGGAGCCAAGCACCUGCGGCCAGCAGCCCACGACCUCACCUGGUACCAGUACCACUCUCUGGAUGUCAUUGGGUUCCUGCUGGCCUGUGUGGCAACGAUUAUAUUUCUGGUCACUAAAUGCGGCCUGUUUUGUUGCCGGAAGUUUGGUAAAACUGCAAGGAAGAAAAAGAGAGAGUAGGUUUUUUGUUUGUGUGUGUACCGGUUGAUCUGGAACAAUGUACAGAGUUCAUCUGAAUUCAUUCGGCCAUGGAUUGGAACCAGAUUCCGCUCCUGCUCUUCUGGGUGCCUGUCCAUUCCUCAGCUUUGUCACAUGCAACAUCGAAGAAUCGCCCCUACAAUGUGCCAUGUGACUUAGAAUUAAGGUUUAAGAUAAUCUAUUCCUUGAAAAGAGAUGCUAAACAAAUAAACACAUGGAAGAUGCUACCGUCAA